AUGUCGACCAAAAGAAAGAUUACAACCAAUCUUCAAACAAAUAAAAAAGAUUUAGAUAUAAUGUCGACAACACCAGUCGACGACAACCAUCAAAAUGUAACAUUGAAACAAAAUACAAGAUCGAAAAAGAAAGUAAAACAAGAGAUAGAAAAAGAUACAGAAUCAUCAUCUGAUGAGUCAGAACAAGUAGAUAAAGAAGAUGAAGAAUCUGAUGUAGAAGAAUCUGAAGAAGAAGAGGAAGAAGAAGAAUCAUCUGACGAAAAAGUAGUGAAGAGAUGUGGAUGGGUUCCAAAAGGUGACACAGAAUCUGCUAAAUUGUAUCAAGAGUAUCAUGAUAAUGAAUGGGGUACUCCACAAUAUGACUCUGAUAGAUUAUUUGAAAAGGUAUUGUUGGAAGGACAACAUUGUGGAUUGUCAUGGUUGACAGUACUAUUAAAGAGAAAGCAUUAUAAAGAGGUGUUUCACAACUUUGAUGCAGAGUGGAUUUCAAAGUUGACAGACAAGGAUAUCGACCGAUUAAUGAAUGACCAACGACUCAUACGAAACCGUCUAAAACUAAAGUCGAUCGUGUCAAAUGCCAAAGCCUAUUUGAAGAUCAAAGAGGCCGGUGUUGACUUUUCGUCGUUUAUGUGGUCGUUUGUUGGUGGCAAACCAAACAUCAACCAUCGUACAACUACUUGUUAUGCUUUAAUGCAAUCAUGUGGAAUGAUUGAUGAUCAUUCAACACAAUGUUUUAGACAUUCCGAUAAUUUAAAAAAGAAAUCUAAAUAA